AUGAUGUUCAAAUUCAGCCUUUCGACUUUGGCCCUUCUGUCCAUGGCCAUGGCAUCUACCGAUGCCCUGCUGACCAACCCCAUGGACACUGGCAAGAAAAUUGCUGCUAACACGCUCAAGGACCGUGCUUAUGUUACCCGUGACAUCAAGACCCCUGAUCCAGUUCCUGAAGCCGGUCAACAAGAAGCCUUGGAGUUGAUGAAGACUGGUCGCAUGUACCGAUACAACAUCGACAAGGGAGAAGAGUCCGUUGUCAGCAAGUGCGAGAAGGAAAUUGCUGCUUACACCAACUUCAAGUACUGUGUUGGCUUGAACUCAUGCGGCUCUGCCCUCAUGCUCUUGCUCAAGACAACCGGUGUCGUUGAAGGAAGCAAGGUAAUUAGCAACGCUUUCACUUUUGGAGCUGUCCCUAGUGCCAUUGAACAUGCUGGCGGCAAGGCCGUCUAUGUUGAAUCCAACUACGACCACGUUAUCGAUCUUGAAGACCUUGAAUUGAAACUCAAGGAAAAUCCUGACUGUAACCAUGUGAUGAUCUCGCACAUGCGAGGAAAGGUUGCCGACAUGAACGCCAUCAAGGCCCUAUGCGACAAGUACGAUGCUGUCCUCUUGGAGGAUUGCGCCCACUCUCUUGGAGUCCGAUACGACGGCCAGCACAGCGGCCACGUUGGUGUUGCUUGCGGUGUCAGUAGUCAGAGCUACAAAAUGAUUAACUCUGGUGAGGGAGGUUUCUUGCUCACUGAUGAUCCCUCUAUUGCCGCAAAGACUGCCGUCUAUGCCGGUGCCUACGAGGCACUCUUUUCCAAGCAUUCAACUAAUGUUCCAGGCGCUGAACACUUUGAGGGAUUGUCCAAGGAACUCCCCAACUAUUCUCUUCGAAUGAGCAACCUUGCUGCCGCCGUCAUUCGCCCCCAGAUUUUGACUCUUGACGAACGAAUUGAAAAGUACAAUGCACGAUACUACAAAGUGACCGAGGCUUUGGAGAAACGAUGUGGUGAACACUUGUCUAUCCCUCAGUUGACUCCUGAAGUUGACCUCAUGGUCCACGACUCUAUUCAAUUCAACUUGGACAAAAAAUUCACACCUGACAUGGUCGAAGAUUUCCUGAAGGAAUGUGCCGACCAUGGACUUCCCGUCGAACUUUUCGGAAACAAGUCCAAUGCACGAAACUUUGUCAACUGGGGAUUCGCACCUGCUGAAGAACCACUUCCCAUGACUGCUGAGAUGCUCUCCCGUGCCUGUGACGUCCGACUUCCUUUGAUGUGGGACGAGGAAGACUUCGACGACAUGGCAAAUGUCUUGUGCGAAAGCAUUGAGCAAGUCCUUGCUGAUGCCGGCAUGCAAUAA